GCUUGCCUUCGUGGAGCAUCUUGUCACAAGCGUAUAUCGGCCAUUGGUACUUCCACCGAAUUGAGUAGAUCUGUAAAACGUGUUUUCUUUUUGUAUUCCUACUUUGUGAUUAUUUCAUUUCGUCCUACGAUAAGAGAUAAGCGGCACCGUUUCUGAGCGAAGAUCGUGGAAGGUAGGUGCAUUAGAAACAUUGGUACAAGUGAACCAACGCGUAGUUUGUCGAGGGACACGUAGCAACAGUUAAGCUAAACAGGAAGAUGGCUGAUGAUGACAAGGGAUUGGUCGCUGGACAUCCUCCAGCAGUGAAAGCUGGUGGAAUGCGCAUUGUGCAACAUAAAACCCCAGCCACGGACAGACCAGCCAAGGAUCCGGUGGAGGUCAUUGGGCUUUCGAAUCCACCACCGAAUGUGAACACGGGGGAAGUGGCUCAGGCUGCAUCGAGCACGAAGCAUUCGGAUCAUUCGGUUGAGGCUUCGCAGGUUGCCCAUGCCCAGAAGCCGCCGGCAGUCGUACACAACAAGCCAGUGAACCAUAUUCAACAGCCUCGAAAGUAGAUGCUAAGCUUUUGCUUAUCGAUUACCGGAAGCGGCAUCACAACACUAUUUUGUUACUAUUUACAUUCAGCGCUGAUUACACAUCUCCUUACGAGAUCCGAUUCUGUCAAUUUCACGAAUUCUUUUGCGUACAAACAAGAGCGCGGUUUAUUUUUAUAAAGAUGUUCUGUAAACGGUGCUAUCUUUCCGGCUUUUCCGGCCUACAAAUGCCCGGUCUUUGAAAGUAAUUGUUUUAAUGAUUUGAUUUUAAAAGAUGUACGAAACCCCGAUAACUGUUAGAGACUGCAGAAGACAGCUGGAUGUUUUAUGUCAAUCAUUAUCACUUAUUGAAAUCAGAAAUGUUUCCUUACCGUAACAUAUGUGCAAGACAGAACAAGAAGUGCAAAGUGCUAAGAAAAGUUGUAUCGAAUUAGAAACAAUAAAGAACGCUUUGAAUU